UCAAAUUAUAAAUUGACAAAACAAGAAAUCAAGAAUGCCGCGCGGCUUUCACCUUCACUAGUUCCUCUCACCCAUCGGAAAAAUGGAAGAAGAAAUCACUGAAGAGCAAAGAAAUAGGGCCGAAGCCAAUCGUCUUGCUGCAUUGGCGAAGCGCAAAGACCGAAUUUCUGAACCCAAUAACAACUCUUGGAAGCUUUUCAAAUGCAGAAAGCUUUCCGGUAAUGAUGGUUUCCAUAAGCCUCAAACACCCUCUCCCGUCAAUCCACCCCAAAGAUUUAGGGCCAGGAUUGAAAUCUGCUCGCCGGACUCGUUCUGUGUCACUCCAGCACCUCUGGAAGGGUUUACUUAUCCGGGUGAAAAGAAUUGUUUGGAGAAACUCAGAGAUUGUCUCUCAUGUGUGGCGCUGUUGCAUUGCACUCAAACGACUUGCGGGGGAAAGGCUUGUGUCUAUAAUCUUAGAGAUUAUGAGGCAGUUCUGAGGUCUAUAAAGAACUCUAAAAGCAUUGAAUGUGAAGAGAUCCCUUGGGGAACAUUCAAUGUAGUCGAGAGACUUUCUAAUUCCUCAGCCGCAGGUCGAUGGAUACCUUGUAGGCCAGAGCAUCUUCUCGAUGAGAAGGUUGAUGAGUUGAUCAGUAAACUUCCUAAAAGAUUGUUGGAUACACUUCAUCCUUUUCAGCUUGAGGGUGUUCGAUUUGGAUUGAGAAGGGGUGGUCGAUGUCUCAUUGCAGAUGAAAUGGGACUAGGGAAAACUCUCCAGGCUAUCACCAUUGCAAGUUCUUUCAUGGAUGAAGGUCCUAUGCUCAUUGUUUGCCCAGCUAUUUUGAGAUAUCCAUGGGCUGAAGAAUUGGAGCGCUGGCUUCCUUGUUUACCUUCUGAUAUUCAUCUGGUUUUUGGUCACCAAGAUAAUCCUGCACGUUUACCUAAAUGUCCAAGAGUUGUGGUGACAUCAUUUACGAUGCUUCGUCGUUUGAGGAAGAGCAUACUGGAACAAGAAUGGGCCACCUUGGUUGUGGAUGAGUCACAUAAUUUACGUUGCACAAAGAAAGCAAGUGAAAAUGAAGAGAUAACAACUGUUCUUGAUGUUGCGACAAAGACCAAGCAUUUAAUUCUAUUAUCCGGGACUCCAUCUUUGUCAAGACCUUAUGACAUCUUUCAUCAGAUAAAUAUCGUAUGGCCCGGUUUACUUGGAAAGACUAAAUAUGAUUUUGCAAAGACUUACUGCAACGUUAGACUUGUUCAUGGCUGCCAAGGGAAGGUUUUCCAGGAUUUCUCAAAGGGGGUUCGCUUGGAAGAGUUAAAUGUGUUACUGAAGCAAACUGUUAUGAUACGUCGUUUGAAGGAGCACGUGCUGUUGCAGUUGCCGCCCUUGCGACGCCAAAUUAUUAGUUUGAUUUUAAAGAAAUCAGAUAUUUCUCAGGCGGUGGCUACCAUUGACUUGUUGAAAGGCAGAACAUCUGGGAACAGUAGUGCUAAAGAGGCUGAAGGUGUAAUCAAUGAUGAGUCAUGUGCUAAAGAUGUAGAGAAAGCUUUUGAGAAUUUAAAGUUUGUUGCUGAAGAUGUGCAAUUGGAAAAUCCUGAAAGAGUUGAUGAUGAUACUGGCUGUUCUAUAUCUUUAAGAGAGCUCUAUGACGAAGCGCUUGGCAUUGCAAAGUUGCCAGGAUUCUAUGAGUGGCUCUCUAUGCAUCCAAUCAUUACUGAAUUGGAUGGUGAAGAAACGAUGGAAGCAAGCCGCAGUUGUCAUAAAAUGAUAAUAUUUGCUCAUCACCAUAUAAUUCUUGAUGGUGUACAGGAGUUUCUUUGUCAGAAAGCUAUUGAUUAUAUUCGCAUUGAUGCAAAUGCAUUGCCCGGUGAUAGACAGUUAGCUAUUCAAUCAUUCCAAUCAGCAAAUGAGGUUAAGAUUGCGCUUGUUGGAAUACUCUCAGGGGGCUCUGGACUUAACUUAACAUCAGCGCAACAUGUCGUGUUCUUGGAGUUGCCUACGAAACCAGCUCACAUGCAACAGGCCGAAUGUAGAGCUCAUAGACAAGGGCAAACAAAGGGAGUAAAUGUAUAUAUUUUCAUUGCAAAGGAUACUUCAGAUGAGCUUCGAUGGCAAAAACUUAAUACAAGUUUGCGUCAAGUUUCAUCUACAAUGGAUGGGAAGUAUGAUGCUUUACAGGCAAUAGAGGUUAAUGAUGUUUCUUACCUUGAGGAAUCGGAUGUCAGAGAAAAGAAGAGUGAGCAUUUAACAACUGAGAAUGCUGGAAAUGGUCAAGUUGCUGGAGAAAAAACAACUGUAACUGAAGUCCAAGGCAUUCAUCUAGAUGUAGAUCCUUUUGAAGCUCAUUGUGAUACCUACAGGAUUGAUGAUAAACAGGACGGAACUAGCUCAUUCUUGUCGAAAUCAGACCUUCAUACGCCCACUACUUCCACAAUAGGGCAUGAAGAAUCUUCUUGCAGAGCUGAAGUUUCUGAUGUUGACUUUAGUUCUGCACAUUGUAUAGAUGUUAAUGAAGCCAAAGAACAGGACUUACAAGACAAGGGCAAAGGUGUAUCCCCUGAAUUAGAAGUAAACGGCGACAUACUUGUAACAAGCCGUUCUAUCCAAGUAGAAUCGCUCCGUUUUGAGGUCAGCCAAUAUACAGGAAGGAUUCACCUGUACUCAUGUAUUCCUGGAGUUGAUUCCAGGCCAAAACCACUUUUUAAGAAUUUCCGGCCAGAGGAAGUUUCUCUAAAGCUGCCCCCUCUCAAGGAAGUUGAGAAAACAGCUUAUAUUAAUAUCAACGAUGAUAUGAGUUGUCGGUACGCUCUAGUGGAAUUCCUCAAACAAUGGAGCAAGUUGAGUGCAAUCGAACGAAGGAAACUGAUUGGAAAGGCCUUGCAACUUCCGUUAUGUGUUGAGUUGUCCUAUUUAAAUGAAAACCUUAACCACGAUAAUGGGGGACUGCUGAAAGGUAGAAGUAAGAGGAGAACUACACCGUUGCAUGAAAUUAGCUAUCCCUUACCGCCAAAUGCUGUCUGGAGGAAGAUCCAUCUUUGUAAUGGGAAAGGGAAACAAGAGAAAAUGUACACACAGGGGUGGUCCGACAAGGAUGAACCACUCUGCAAGCUCUGUCAAACUCCUUGCAGGAAUGCCAAUGCUAAAACUCCUGACUACUUUGAAGAUCUCUUCUGUAACUUGAACUGCUGUGAGGAGUAUCACCUUAGAACUAAUAAUAGAUCAAUUCGUAAUGCGCUUUUCCAAAUUGAGCGUGGCAUUUGCACAAACUGCCAACUAGACUGCCACAAACUCGUGGAGCGGAUCAGAGCAUUGUCAAUUGAGAGUCGCGAAGAGUAUAUUGGCAAAGUAGCCCCAAAUUUGGUAAAGCAUAAGAAAUUAUUUCAAAAGCUUGUUCAGGACCCUGUUGAUGGCAAUGCAUGGCAUGCGGAUCACAUUAUACCUGUAUACAAAGGGGGAGGUGAAUGUAGGCUAGAGAACAUGAGGACAUUAUGUGUUGCUUGUCAUGCUGACGUCACUGCUACACAACAUACAGAGCGGCGUUUGACUAGACUUGUGGCAAAGAAGAAACUCAAAGCUGUCAUGAGCAACCUCAAAACUAUCAAUAAACCCAAGCAAAAAGUGGAUGAACCAGAGGGUUCACGGCAUUCUGAUGUUGAAGAGAAUAAAGAUGAGGAUGAACUUCUAGUGAAUGUUCCAGGAAGUGCAUAUUCAAUUAGCACUGUAAGUCAAGAAUGAGGAAAUUCAGAAUGAAAAGCUAGCACCAGUGAUGUCUUGGGUGAGCCGGGUCAUAAUGACGUGCUGCCCACUGCACAGAGCUUACCUCGGCCAUGAGGAGAACUAACUGUAAAUUUUUUUGGGGAUGUUUUAUUUUCUUGAAGAAAUAGGGAAUGUGAGUGGGUUUCUGGAUACUUGCACGAUUUAUUAUUCCAUCAGAAUUGGUUAGCCAAUUGUGUUUUGGGGCGUGUUGUGGGAAAUUUUCGAAGUGAUUUGCUGUAUAUCAUGCUGCUUUGUUUCAACUUUUAUGUAUUCAAUUUCUUAAAGGAAAGGGUUGAGGUACUGAAAACCUUGUGUAUCCACUAUAUAAAUCAUUGAUAUGGUGUGUGAGACACCUUCCUGAA